AUGGGGGUUGAAAUGAUGAAGUUUACCUUCAUCCAGGUCUUCCAUGUCACAGGCUAUUGUACUGAUGCUUGCGAGAGUGAGAACAGAGAAAAGCAACGUCAGGUUGGAAUGAAGACCCCCUUUCCCAGUGAUCAUACUGUGAAACAAGGGCAGGUUACAGCACUUUGAAAACAGUUAAAUGAUGGGACAGAAAAUACAAGUGAUUGCUUGCAGAAAACUUACCUCGUGGGAGAUGCAACACUAGGUCAUCGGGUUUGCUACUUACAGAGAGUGGUGGAAACCUUAAAAUAUUUUGAUUGUCAUGGAAUUGGCCUUAAAACAUAUGUGCUUCUAGAGGCCAAAAGAUGGAUCUUGACUCAGUGGAAAAAGCAUGGUCAUUCAUUUAUUGCCAAAAAUCUGUUCUCAGUGGAAGAUAAAACCUGUACCCCAUGGGAAAUUGACUGGAUAGCAGCAGACAGAGGUACAGCCAUUGUCGUUACCCUCGGCCGGUGCUUCAAACCUCCUCCCAUCAAUGCUUUCAUCUGUAGGGCCAUCGAGGUCAAAAGGCCGUGAAGCCCAGAGACUAAGGCAGCCCUGAAAACCGACACCUCCAGGGGGACGCAUCGACUCGAUACAGGGGAGCUUGGCGGCCUUCGCGGCUGUAUUCAGAAUCUCAGCCUGAAGGGUGUUGUUAUGGGUCUCAAUGUGGGUAUUACCGGUUCCUAGGAUGCGACUGUUGCGUAAGGCAUGAAUAAAGCCCAUCCUCAUGUGACUGGAAAUCAGAUUAAUAUGUUCUUAAACUAUAUUUACUGAAGGAAAAGUAAAUACAUUUAACUAUAAAAAAACAGUUCUAGCUGUCCUCUCAGUUGGCCUCACACAUACUGGAAGGAUAGUUUAAUGCAAUCUGAUGUAGGAGGAAUGAAAUUUAAAAAAAUUUAUUUUAGUAAAAUAUAUAUAAAAUUUACCAUUUAAAUCUAUUUUAAGGGUACAUUUCAGUGGCAGGAUGUAUAUUCACAAUGUUGUGUAACCAGCAUCAGGAUCGAUCCCCAGAGUCCCCAGAACCUUAUCAUCCCAAACAGACACUCCGUAGCCGUUGAACAGUAAGGUCCUCGAUUCUGCCUGACCCCAGGCUCCUGGGAAGCCUGACCCCAGACUCCUGUCUCUAUGAAUUAGACUAUUCUAGGUAGCUAGGCUAAGUGGAGUUAUACAGUCUUUGUCCUUCAAAUUGGCCUCUUUCACUUAGCAUAUGUUGUUAAGGUUCAUCCAUGUCACCGCAUGUGUCAGAAUUUCCUUCCUUUUUAAGGCUGAAUAAUAUUCCAGUAGAUGUAUACACCACACCUUCUUUAUCUAUUCAUCUGGUGAUGGACACAGUGUUGUUUCCACCUUUUGGUUACUGAAUAAUGCUGCUAUGAAGAGGAAGCCAAACAUAAGGGAUAUCUCCAGUGAUAAGUAUAAUGACAAAAAUAGUAAAACCUCACCACUCUUAAUUUAAGAAAUGUGUGGCACACAAAGGAGUUGUCUAAGUGAUUCACGUUUAGAGAAAAUGUGAUUUGUAGGAGAAAAUCAUAGUAACAGUCUUCUUGCUUAAGAAAAUUAUUUGGAAUUUGAUAACCAGUUGUUCUAGAUCUUAUUAAGAACCAAAGACUACAGUCCAAAACCCUCAAUCUCCUUGAGAGAAACAAACUAAGUAUUAUGUCAAUGUACAGACCCUAAAACCCUGAUUCUUGCUGACCCUAAAAGUGAGGUGAGAUCCCCUCCAGAAGACCUCAUAUGACUUUAUAAGCUUUGUUUCUAAAUCUUUUUUAAAAGUAUCUAUGCUUUCCACUAAUUUGCUCAAGGUCUUAAGAGUGGAACUAUUGUUACUUGAGGGUGAUUUCCUUGUUUGGAAUGUUUAGUGAGAGGAAAUGAAGUUAUAUUAUUAUAACAAUAGCUGGUCAGCCAGGUUAGGAUGGACUCUCAUAAAUGAGGGAACACACAUUCCCUCUUUCUUUUCCUUCUAUCAAGCGUUCCAUUGAUUCUAAUUCUUCUUAUAGGAAACUUGCAAAAUAAAUCUAAUUAUUCUUCCAACCAUUGCACUCUUAAAUGCUUACAUGAGUUAUUUUCCCACCAAGGCUACCUCAAAGUCCUGUAAUUAGUUCUCAUACAAUAAAGUUUCUAGUUUACCCAUCACUGUUCUCUGAUGCACUGAACUGUGUCUCUGUCAUUCUACAACAAGCCUUUCACCCCAUCUCACACCUCGACAGAAUGAAGAGCAAAAAUCACAUGAUCAUCUCAGCGCUGAAAAGACAGCUAACAAAAUUCAAUGCCCUUUUCAACAAACUAGGACUAGAAGGAAACUACCUCAAAAUAGUAAAGCCAUCCAUAAACAGCCCACAGCCAACAACAUAUUCAGUAGGGAAGGACUGAGAGAUUGUCCCCUAACAUCAGAAAUAAGACAAGGACAUGUACCCCUCUGACCACUACUAUCUAACAUAGUACUGAAAGUUCUAGGCAGAGUAAUUGGAUAAACAGAAAAAAGGGCAAAUUGGAAAAGUGAAAUGAGGAAACAAGGGCAUACAGAUUGGAAAAGCAACGCCAUGAUCUUAUAUUUAGGAAAUCCCAAAGAUUCCACACAAAAACUGUUAGAAUAAAAGAAUUUAGUAAAGUUGCAGGACAUAAGAUGUCAGUUGCAUUUCUAUACUCUAAUCACCAAUCUGAAAAGAAAAUUCAGGAAACAAUCUCAUUUACUAUAGCAUCAAAAAGGAUAAAAUACUUUAGAAUAAACUUAACCAAGGAGGUGAAAGACUUGUAAAAUGAAAAAUACAAAACAUUGCUAAAAGAAAUCAAAGAAGAUACAAAAAUGGAAAGACAUCCCAUAUUUGUGGAUUGUAAGACUUAGUAUGUUUAAAAUGUUCAUACUACUAAAAGCAAUCUAAGAUUCAGUGCAAUCCUUUUCAAAAUUCCAAUAGCAUUUUUUGCAGAAGUAGAAAAAAAAAAGUCCCCAAAUUCACAUGGAAUCUGAAGGAACGCCAAAAAGCCAAAACAAUCUUGAAGAAAAAAUUUGGAGGACUCAGACGUCAUGCACUCUUCUUGUUGCACUGGAAGGUAAUUCUCAGGUCAUCUCUUGCAUUUGUUCAGGCUUCUAGCUACCAUGGAUGAAGUUUCACAUGUAAUGCUUAAUUCUUUGUAAAUAGAGAUUGUGGGAUGAAAGCAGAGGCUCCUCUAUCUGAAGAGGCGCCCAGGGUUGACUCUCACUGGCCAGAUACGGGACAAUCUGUGCCUUGAAAGGAAUGAUUGCAAUUGUUAGAAACACCUUGAAUAUAGAAAAUUCUUUGAGUUUAUAAGGGAGGCGGGAGAGGGGGAAGGAGAGGAAAACUCAUUUACCAUCACUGCAGGUAGCUAGUACAGGAAUAAUUACCAAUUUUUGGAGUAAAGCAAGGUAAAAGAAUUAAGCAUCCAUGUUGCUUUUCCUGAGGAAAUUGUAUUUCAGGGAAACCAAACAGCUCAAACUGAGUGAGGGAAGCUCUCAACAGAGUCCUUGUGGCUGGUAAACGUAGAAAGACUUGGAAAGUCACCAGCUUUUAAACUCCUAAUGCAUUUAUCUGUCUAGGCAAUAAUCAUUCUAAUAGGUGCUAAAAUGAUGACAGAUAUCUGCAAGGUGCCCAAACACAGAUCGCAUUCUGGCUGUAAAGUGCUGUGCGAUCUGGAAGUCAGCCUGCAACCCCCUGAACCGGCAUCACCAGAAGGGGGACGGCCUGCUGCCGUGUGCCGCCCUAUGUGAUGCAGUCUGAAAUGCUUUUGUCCUAAAUGUUGAGCCAGAAUGUCGUAGUCUCGAGAUCUAAUUUCUAGGAUGCAGGAAUCCUACAAGAGCAGGAGAACAACUGCCCUGAUGAGGAACAGGAGGAAAGCUCUAGAAGGCGGGAUGUUCUGCAGACCCAUUGCCCUGCUUUUCCCAAAAGUCAAAGGCAGGGAAAUAGGGGAUGUUGGGAGAUGACUGUUCUAGAAUAAAAGAUUUAAGAAGUAGAGUGAUGGGUGCCAGGGGCUGGAGGGUGAAACGGGGAGAUGUUCAUGGGUCUGAAGUCUCAGUUGUGCAAGAGGAGUAAGUUCCAGAGACCUGCUGUCCACAGAGCUUCCUGAGUCUGACAAAAAUGGAAUGUCGCAAACCCUAUGAUGGCAGUACUGAAUCGUGCACUUAAAAUUUUGUUGACAGAGUAGAUCUCGUGUUGAGAGCUUUAACCACACACAAAAAAACCUAAACAAACCCAAACCGAAGAGCACAGGGAGAGUUUCCGUGUGUUUAUUACGUGUUUAUUGCCUGGAUUGUGGUGACCACCCCCCCAUGGGUGGGUGCACGUGCUCACACCCACCAAGUUGUAUACAUUGAAUAUGUGCACUUUUUAAAUAUUAUACCUGAAUAAAGCUUUCUUUUUUGUUUGUAAAGAGAAUUGAGGUAUAACAUCUAAUUCUUGAAUGUGUGAUGAUUUAUUGGACCCUGGUUUACAAUUGUAAAUGAUGUUUGUGGCAAAUGGGGAAUUACUCAGUAUGAAUGGGGCACUCGAUGAAAUAAAGACAUUACUGUGAAUCUUGUUAGGAAUGAUGACAUUGUCCUUAUGUAAGAAAUGCCAUUUUUUUAAAAAGGAAGGCAUACAUACAUAUUUGGAAGUAAAAUGUCAUUUGUCUGACAUAUAUUUCAAAAUUCUUCAGCCAAAACAAAAUAUAUUAAAAUAUUAUUCACUGUUAAAACCAGACAAUAGGUACCCAAGGAUUCAUUACAUUAUUUCCAUUCUACCUGCUUGUAGAAGUGUUGGGAAAUAUUUGAAAUGAAAACGAACGAGUACCCAGAAUUCCUACGGCGGAGGGAGACGAAGAAGCCCAUCAUUGCCAGGUCUCUGGUGUGAACCAGAGGUGGCAGUGACGAUCAGGACCAUUGGGUGCACGGGUACAGGGAAAGGGUUUAGAACAGAAACGAACACUGCCCCCAGGCGUGGGGGAAGGGCUGCUCCCGGUCUUACGCGCACUGCUUCUGGUGGCUGGAGAGUCUCAGGAAACCACGGGUGGGCCACAUCUCUUCUCCAGCAGUUUCCUGGCCUCCUUCCUCUCCUGGGAACCUCUCAAGGUAAACUGGGUAUAAGAGGGAUUCCAGGGUGCCCGGCCCCUGGCCCUCUGAUGUCAGCCCCUCCCCAGGGCCUGCUGGAAGCCCUGUACUUCCCACUGGUACCCAAAUGGCUGCCCUAAUGGGGACGCCCUGGGAGAAAGCCCAACUGUGACAGCUGGGUGGAGCCCGUACCCUGCAUCCGAGCCCCUCAGAGCUUUGCACUGUUCCUGGCAAGGGAGAAAACCUACAUGGUCUGGGGCAGCCCAGGAUGCUGAGGGUGAGUUCAGAGCAUGGGCGGCCGGAGCCCACUCUCAUUUCCCUCCUCCUGGCUGACACAUGCGUCUUCUUAGAGGUUCCUUGGACGUCCCCCAUUCCUGAGCAUGUAUGACCCUCCGGCCGGAGCCCACAAGCCCUGACCGGCCUCCCGCCCCGACUCGGUCACACCUCCCACCCCCCACACUAGCCAGGCUUGUUCCCAUGCUGUCCCCUCCUGAAAACCCAGUUCCAGGGCUUUCUCCUGCCUGGGCUCUUGGUACCUGGACAUGCCGGAACCAGCCUGCAGCCGAUUGUGGGCUGUGUCUGCCCACAGGCUGGGGUCACCUGCACCCACAAUGACCCGGACGGUUCUCCUCUUGUCUGUCAGCCUUUGGGGGUUCAGUGGCCUCUCCUGCCUGAAGAGUCCUCACACAUGGACACGAUCUAAUGAAGCGUUUUGAUACUUCUAGUUCGGGUCAGUGCAGUGUUAUGUUAGGAAAGUGUGGUGGCUUUUAAAAUAUCUAUCUGGCAAACCAAAAAAUUGAAAGUUUUGUCAAGAAAACAAAUUUUGAACGAAAGGAAGUUGCAGGGUAUGAGUUAUAUAAAACUAUGCAUAUAAAGUUUGAAAACCUACAAAACAGGACCUUUAUGUAGAUAGUUACAUACAUAUGUGGUAAGAUUCUGACAUCAUGCACAGGAAUGAGGGGAACGGCUGCCUCUGGGAGACAGAGAAGAGGAAGUGAAUCGGAGGUGGGUUAUCUGCAAGGAGCUUUGUUUUAAUUUCUUAAACUGGGCAAUGAGUACAUGAGAGUGUUUAACACAUUUCCUAAACUUCGCAGCAAGUUUGCAAUUUACUGAAGAAUUGCAGGGGGAAAGGAAGAGAGGAGAAAAGGAGAGGGAGGGAAGAAAGGCAGGGAGAGAGAGGAAGACAUGUGAGGAAGGGGAGAAGGGCAGGACUGUGGAUACUUGAAAUCCUGAGUAUGAAAAGCAUAGAGCUGGAAACACAGUAAUGCAUGAUGUGUUUGUGCAGGAAGAGAGAAACUCAAUAUGGUAAAAUUUCACGGGGGAUUCAGCAGGGACGACCCUCAGAAGGGGAUUUGUGUUUGUAUGCAGUCAUGACUUCCCCUGAGCACGUACCGGCUCUAUCCCCAAAUCCGAGUCUUCUCCUUAAGGACGCAGAUUUACUUUGGCCUCCCUGGACAGAUGGAGUUUCAUGAAACCAUGAAUUCACCACUAAUGUGGUAGGUGAGCAAAUGCUUUCUCGUUUUACAAAGUCUUUGGGGUUUGUAGAAAUGACCCAGGCAACUACUACAAACAUCAGUAAGGAAAAUAACUGUUUUUCCUUCAAAUGUAAAAUACAUGGCUUGCAUUUUAUGACAGGCAAAUAUGAAAGAAGGAAGUCCAUGCCAAGUCAUAAGCAGUGGGGUGCCCUUGGGGCCCGCAUUGCUUCUCUCCACUCCAUCUUUUGUGCUCAGAACCCUCUCUGGACUGAUGUUCAUUUGUUUCCAGUUAUCCUCUCUGUAGCUCGGCAUUUAUCAGUAAUGCUUGCUAUGGAAGGAGGAAACCAGAAACGAAGGACCUUCCCAAGUUUCCUCUAAAAAAUAAAAUGUCAAACUGGUUGGAGAUAAUAGCAAUAAUCACAUCCCGUGGGUGGACGCCAUUAUUCCACUUGACAGAUGAGGAAACUGAAGUUCAAAGAACGUAAGUAAACACUCAAGGUCACAUGAAGGGCGAGCCACAGAAAUCUGAGAUUUCGUCCCCGAUCUGCCUGAUCCCCACACCAGAUCCCAGUUACAGCGCCGUGCCGCCUCAUGCCUCCAGGGAUGCCCGUGUCCCUGUUGUGUUCUCACCCCUGACCCUCAAGCAAGCUGCAGGUGGAAGUCUUGUUCUCCUUAUCCCUCCAGGGCCAUAAAGGGUCAACAGACUGACAUGGAAAUGCUGCAUGCUCUCCUGUCCCAUAAUGAGCAAUGCUGUAGCCAGCAUUUACAGUUGGCAUGUUAGCAUUUACAGACACAGCAAAACUGUCAGCCUUUGAAUUUUUUCCACCAUCUUUUCCUAUCACUUGACCAGUCCUUUGCCACAUGCAGACCUUUGAAGCCCAAAUGUUACUUGGCCACACCAAAUGAAGACACAUGUUUGCCCUACUGCCAUAUUUUACGUGACCCUGAACCUUCUGCCAGCUCAGGCAGGAACUUUACAAUCCUCCAUUGUAUUCUCUCCCAACAAAAAGUCGUGCCAGCUAUUUCUGAUCCUCCCCUGUGGGUGUCUUCUGUGUGCCUCUGAGCCAGUCUGCUGUCCUUACUACGUGUGCCUCUCCAUCCCUCUCUGCUUGAUUCACACCUGCUGACAAGCAAUCUCGCAAAGCCCCUCGAAGGAGUACCACUGUGGCUUGCCCGGCCUCACUGUUCACUUUAGAUCAGGCUGCCUCCAGAUGCUGCCGCCUCCUAAGGCUAACAGAGCUAGUGGUCCUCAGGGUGCCAUAAUAAUGCUAUAUUGCAGGUAGAGGCUGGAAGAACGUUCCAUCUAAAACUCUAUGCUACACUUUUAUGCUGGAGUCUUAUAGCAGCAUUAUUUAUGCCAUAGUUCAUGCAAAUGUAUAGUCCACACUAACUGUACCUGAAAUCUACUUCAACCAGCCAAAAUUCCUUAUUGUCUGUUAUUAACUAUCACAACUAGAGAGCUUAGAGUAGAAGAGACAUGGCAAAAUCUUCUAUGUUUACCUUGUAUGUGAUGCCACAUUUCCAUUGACAGCAGGGAUCUCACACACACUAUCAGAAUCACUGGGAAGGCUUGUUAAAUCACAUGUGCUUCUUGCAGUUUAUAUCCACUGACAAUAAAUUCCCCUAGCUUAUUUUCUGAAUCUGUUUCAAUUAAUUAAAAGAGCUAAUGAGCCAAGUUCGGGUUUUGUUUUUUAAACACAGAAUACACAACUUUGUGUAUGUGCCUUUGAAAUCUUUUUAUCUAUUCAACCAAAGUGACAAUGAGGUAUUGUUUCCAUGAUUUCAUUUGAUCAAAUGUUUUGACAUUUUUAACUUUCCCAAAUCAAAUUCUUAAUGCAGCAAAACAAAAACAAAAGCCCACAAAUGUUAAUUUGGGCUUAUUUGAUAUAUCUACAUGGGGAACAUUGUCAAGUAGAGUGAUGUCUAACCUUCUUAGAUCAUAUUAUAUAGGGUCUGUGUUAUUCAGAAAUUAUAUGAAAUGCCUAAAAGUCUGCCUAUAUAUCCUGGUAUAAUGUUGUCAUAACUUCAGCUAUUAUCUGGAAAGAUUGUACACAUGAAAAUAACCACAUUUACUUGUCAAUUGUAUCAUUUUCUGUGCAUAUGUGAGCUCUUCCCAGAUCUUUAACUAUGGCUGUUUUUAAGUAUUUUGUCACCUGCAGUCAUUGUUUUACUCUGAUGCUUUUAUGUAAGUGCUUCAUCGUUGAGAUUCAUAGAAAGGCCUCUUGACAAGCGCAGGUUUCUGAUCACCAAGAUGAGACCACUGAACUGGGUAAGAGUUAAACAGGGAGAACCAGUAGAAAACUGGCUCACAAAGCUGCUCAUCCGGGAUGAUGCAGAGCAGGAGUUGCAGGAGGACCAAGUGGCCUGAUGAAGAUGAUUAGACCUUGUUAGGACUUUAAAAACAUUGCUGGUUCUUCAGUGUCUUGACUUAAAGGACCCCUUUUUCUCCUUUCUUUUAAGUUAUCUAUAGCUUACAGCAAUUUAGUUAAGUGUACCUUUGUAACCAAAGUUGAAAUACUUUUUUCUCCCUAUCUGAUCCCUCCAGAAUUCAGAAACUCUUAGUAUUCUUCUCAUGACAACAUAUGUAUUUACGUAAGAUUGAUAAGGAUCUGUUCUCCUGGUAGCAGGAAUCAGGUGGCCACGUCCUGUGCUUGGUUUCUGAGCCUAAAGAGACUAUAAAGGUCUAAUCUGAGAUUCCUUAUUACCGAACAAUUUUAAAGGAUUAAGAUUGACUUAUAGAGUCAAUAAAUCCCCUUGGACAUUACCCACACUUUGAGAAUAUGCACAGAAUGACUAAUCUUCAUUUAUGGCAAUAACUGAGCCAAGUACAGUAAGACUAGGCUUAUUUUAUAGAUCAUUUUCACUGUAAAUACAUUUGAUAAAAAUAGGAUGACUAAAAAAAUUGUAUUUCAUUGGAAAACUAUAAUGUAUCCAUUAUCAGAUUGUAAUCCUAUUAACUAUCUUUGAGGUGUUACCUACUUGCAAACUCAGAAAAAACCCACAAUACA